CGCGUAACGACUGAGCCACCCAGGCGCCCCAGGACACGAGCCAUGGAGGAGAUGCCGCCCCCAGGCUGCAGCAAGCCGCACCUGGAGAAGCUGACCCUGGGGAUCACCCGCAUCCUAGAAUCUUCCCCAGGUGUGACAGAGGUGACUAUCAUAGAGAAACCACCUGCUGAACGUCAUAUGAUUUCUUCAUGGGAACAAAAAAAUAACUGCGUGCUACCUGAGGAUGUGAAGAAUUUUUACCUGAUGACCAAUGGCUUCCACAUGACAUGGAGUGUGAAGCUGGAUGAGCACACCAUUCCAUUGGGCAGCAUGGCGAUUAACAGCAUCGCAAAACUGACUCAACUCAACCAGUCUUCCGUGUAUUCACUCCCAAAUGCACCAACGCUGGCAGACCUGGAGGAUGAUGCACUUGAAGCCAGUGAGAACCAGCCAGAGAAGCCUCACUUUGAUUCUCGCAGUGUGAUAUUUGAGCUGGAUCCUUGCAAUGGGAAUGGGAAGGUUUGCGUUGUCUACAAAAGAGGGAAACCAGCGUUAGCGCAAGACGCGGAGAUCUGGUUCCUGGACAGAGCGUUAUACUGGCAUUUCCUCACCGAUUCCUUCACUGCUUACUGUCGCCUGCUCAUCACGCACCUGGGCCUGCCCCAGUGGCAGUACGCCUUCACCAGCUACGGCAUCAGCCCACAGGCCAAGCAGUGAUUCAACAUGUAUAAACCCAUCACCUACAACACAGACCUACUUGCAGAAGAGACCAACUGCUUCGUGAACAAGCUGGAUCCCAGCAGAGUGUUCAAGAGCAAGAACAAGACCUUAAUCCCCAAAAAGAAAGGGCCAGUCCAGCCUGCAGGCGGCCAGAAAGGGCCCCCGGGUCCUCCCUCCACCUCUAAAUCCUCUUCUAGCCCUGGAAUCCCUGUCCGGAAAUGAGCACCCCUACCUCCCCGCCAGCCCUACAGCAACGAUUUCCAUGCACAGAUGGCCCAAGCCUCAGAUUCUGUGAGUGGCACCAUAGGCCUCUUCCCAUCUGCGUGAGCCAAAUCCUAGGCCUUUUACUCCCGUUGGCAUUAGCCAGGAGUUCAAGGGCAUACUCAGGUCUCCCCUAGAGUCCUUUCCUCAGCCCUUGCCUCUGAAAGCUGUGGAGAGUUUCAGAACUUGUUUAAGUAGUUAAAUAGAGCUGCUAAGAGCUUCCUCUCUUUCCACCCCCAACCAUCUACACCCCUCAGCAGUGAUCAGAGAAAUCCCCCGAAGAAACCACUGAUUUUGACCCAUGAGGCAUUAGAACUGUGCUGUUCAGUUGGUAAUCACUAGACACAGGUGGCUGUAUAAAUUAAAAACUCAGUUCGUCAAUUGCAUUAGCCACAUUGUGAGUAUUCAUGUGGCUAAUAGCUUCUGUAUUCAACAACAGAGAUAAUGGAACAUUUCCAUCAUCACAGAAAGUUCUGUUGGGCAGCACUGCAUUAGAAUAUUUUCAUGCUGCCCUUACUCAGAUCAGUUCAUUUUUGUUAGAGAAUGUGGAUACCUUAAUUUGAUGGGUCAUAAUGUUCCAUGGAAAUUCUUGAAGGUACAAUUGUGUAUGUUCUUUUUAUUUUUCAUAAUUCUCACUGGUCCUUUUCAGUUUCCUAUAAAAUUCGUUGUUUCCAAAAAAAAUAAAAAAUAAAAAAUAAAAAUAAAUAAAAUCUUAA